GAAUCUCUUAAAAUCAGAGGAGCUUGUGCAGUUGCUUUGCUGAAUAUUUCAUGGCGGAGACAUGCACCUCUGAAGAUACAGCUAACCCUGAGAAACGAGAGACACACAUGGAUGAUCUGAGUACAAGCCCUGUCCAGAGUGAAAUUUCGUCGUUUGGUUGUCUUGAUACUAAAGACCAUCAAAGACACAUUCAUGCAGUAAUGGGAAAGCAGAGAAUUCACUACUGCUCACUGUGUGGAAAGAGUUUUGCUAAAAAGAGUCAUCUUCAAGAGCACCAUCCAACUCACACAGGAGAGAAGCCAUAUCACUGCUCACAGUGUGGGAAGAGUUUCGCACACCAGAAUACUCUCAAAACGCACCAGUACAUUCACACAGGAGAGAGGCCGUAUUACUGCUCACAGUGUGGGAUGAGUUUUGCUCACACAAGUACUCUCAAAAAACACCAGCGGAUUCACACAGGAGAGAAGUCAUAUUGCUGCUCACAGUGUGGGAAGAGUUUUGCACAGCAAAGUAAUCUCAAAACACACCAGCUUAUUCACACAGGAGAGAAACCAUAUUACUGCUCACAAUGUGGAAAGAGUUUUGCUCGAAAAUGUCAUCUUCAACGACACCAUCAAAUCCACACUGGUGAAAAGCCACAUCACUGCUCACAGUGUGGGAAGAGUUUUGCACAACAGAGUGCACUCAAAACACAUCAGCGCAUUCAUACAGGAGAGAAGCCGUAUCAGUGCUCGCAGUGUGAAAAAACUUUUACUAACAGUAGUAAUCUCAAAAUACAUGAGAGUGUUCACACAGAGGAGAAGCCACAUUGCUGUUCACAGUGUGGGAAGAGUUUUAAAGGAUUAGGAGUUUUAAAAAGACAUCAGCGCAUUCACACAGGAGAGAAGCCCUAUUACUGCUCACAGUGUGGAAAGUGUUUUAGUGCUGGAUAUGAUCUCAGAAAACACCAGCUCAUUCACACAGCAUAAAAGCUGUUUUCUCACAGUGUGGCUAAUAUUUCCAUUUAUGUCUUGAAUACUGAUUAAGGCGAUAAUACUGAUUUUUGCUGCUUGGAGGAGCUGGCAAGGGCUACAAGCCAUUUUAAAAGAAUGACCCUUCUUUUAAGACAUAAACAAAAAGAAGGGUAUAUAUCAACCUUUUAAAUAAUUACUUUUUUUCUACAGUCACUUCCUUUUUCUGUGUCUGAAUAUUAAAUGUUGUGUUGGUUAUAUAUUGAAUCAGUUUUAUUUAUAUAGCACUUUUAACAACGGGCAUUUGUCACGAAGCAGUUUUACAGAAAUCGGGAUAUGGAUUUAGAUUUAUCCUUAAGUCAGAGGCAACAAUAGCAAGGAAAAACUCCCUGAGACUAUACACGAGGAAGAAACCCUGUGAGAAACCAGGCUUAAAAGGGAACCUGCCCUCUUCUGGGUGACACCGGAUAGUGCGAUUAUGAGUAAAUUACUGAGUAAAUUACUCAUCCACAACUGUAUGCUAUAAAGUCAAGCAGUGCUAAAUGUUUUGAAAGGAUCUUCAGUCAUUUAUUUCAUUAGUGUUUUUUUUUUAGCUUUAAAUCUUUAUUAUGUAAGUAAAGUUAUCCACUGAAUAAUGUAUGAGCGUAAACUGUUUUAAGCAAGUGCACCUUUAGGUAAUACAAUGAGACUUUCCAGUCAUCUUUAGGGCAUCUUUCUGGUACAAUCCACAGCGAUUUCAUGGCAAUCUUUAGGCUAUCCAUGUGGGCCAUCCUCAGCCAAUAGAGCCUCAGGAUGGAUCAGGCAGGACAAGAGGGCAGAUACAGUCUGGAUCAUCAAAAUCUCAUCAGGCAUCAGGAGUAUCAUGUAGCUGGACAGAGAGAGGGAUGGGGGGAGAGAACACAGAUUACUAGGUAUACUCCUAACUUGUAGUGGUUUAAGAAGACAUAUGCUGUGCACUAUUAACAAUAGGUUUUCAGCCUUAAGACUGUAUCCUAAAUCCUGUAUCACUAAUUGGAAGGUGAUUCCUUAAUUGUGGGGCUUUGUAAAGAAAACAAGCUCUGCCCUGUGCUGUAGUCUUCAUUAUUCUAGGUACCAAGGUACCAGUGUGAAACCAUUCAAUGCUUUAUAGGUCAUUAGUAGUAUUUUAUAUGCAAUGCUAAAUUUUACUGUGUGCCAGUGCAGUGUGGAUAAGUGUGAUAUUAUCAAAGCUUCCAGUUCUAAUAAGGACUUGGGCUGCUGUUUUCUGGACUUACCGGAGCUUGUUUAUGCACCUACUGUAACAUCCAGACAGCAAUAUGGGACAGUAAUCUAACCUAGGUAACAAAAGCUUGAACUAUUUAUUUAUUUUUUUUUUUGCAUUAUGUAGUGACAGUUUCUUAUUUUAGCCUUUUCUCUAUCUCAGAAAUAUUUCUAUCACGGUAAUAUUGUCUAUAUGAGCUUCAGAUGAGAGACUGGAGUCAAUAAUCACACCAAGGUCUUUCACAGCUGCACAUGGUAUAAGGGGAAGGCCAUCCAGGGUUUCUACAUAAUCAGAAAGCUUACGUCUAGCUGCCUGUUAUCCUAGUAGAAGUACUUCUGUCUUGUCAGAAUUGGAUAGGACGAAGUUAUUCAGCAUCCAGUAUCUAAUGACCUUUACACUUUCCUCAACUUUAUUAUGCUGGUGUCUGUCAUCUGGCUUUGCUGAAACAUGUAGCUAUAUAUCAUUAGCAUACCAGUGUAAGCUAAUAUGUUUAGGGAAUAAUUGUGCCUAGAGGUAGCAAAUAUAGAGAAAAGAGCUUUGUGGAACACAAAACUUUACUCAACAUUUAUAUCUACAAACGCGAUCAGACCUGAGCCAGGAAAGAGCCAUUCCCUUAACUGCAACAUCAGUCUCUAGUCUGUCUAAAAGUUUAUGUUAUGAUCAAAUAUUAUGAUCUAAGGUAUCAAAAGCUGCAUUAAGAUCAAGCAAUACAAGCAAUGACACAAAACCCAGAAUGGAAGCCAAUAGUCAUCAACGGUCAUUUACCACUUUAACCAGCGCUGUCUCGGUACUGUGAUGAAGCAUGAAACCUGGCUGAAAGAUUCCAUGAAUGUUAUACCUAUGCAAGUAUGAGGCUAACUGCUGUGCUACAACCUUUUGUAGGUUUUUGGAGAUCUAAGGGAGGUUUGAUAUUGCUGGUCUUGUUCCUAGUUAACUUUGCUACUGUAUUAAAUAAUAAUCUAGGAUUAUUUUUAUCUUCUAUUAAGGCGGAGAAAUAUGCUGAUCUAGUAACACUAAGAGCCUUUCAAUAGCUGAGAAGGCUCUCCAUCCAUGCCAGAUGGAGUACUACAAUCUAAUUCCUGAUUCUAAUUUGAUUUGUUACGGUAGUUAUACUAAUCAUUCUGAUAGUUUUGAAUAAUAAAUGCACUUACCUUUAGUUUCUGUAAUAAGGUUUCUGUAAGAAUAAUAAUAAAGUUGUUUCUUUUAGCAUUUUAAGGGGUUAAUUUCAAUGGAUUAAACAAACUCUUCACAUCUCUAUUCCCAUCAAAUGUAGGUGUAAUUUAAACUGGGGAAAUGAUAAGUCUGGCUUUGUCCGUACCACUACUUGAUGCUCUUUUGCAUAAUAAUGUUUGAUAGAAACUGAUCCAAUGCUUUCUAAAAAUAACUAUUGUGUUUUUUUAAGAAAAUACUCUUCUGUGUUAAAAUUCUCAGAUUCUGAUAGUUGUAAAUUAACAUAGCCAGAGAGAGUUUCUAGUAGGUUUGUGUUCCUGGGAACUGGGCUAUUUGCAUCACACAUGAUGAUAUGGUCACAUUAUUGUUUCACAAUUCCUUUGGUAGAUAAUCUUACCUAGAUGUAAUCUGAAAGUACUAUUGGUCUUUAAUUAUGUUUGGUUUUGAUUAAGUUCUCAGUUUUGAUGAUCAUUUCCAGAAGUCUAUGUUCAUUUAUGUUUGCACAGCAUCAGAAGUAAACAAAGUACAACCUCUUACCUUUAAAUCAGUUCUGCUGUAUAUACAAGAAUUUGCUUUAGAUCAAUCAACAUGCAGAUAUAGUUACUUGUUAAAUCUGUAACAAGUCAAUAUAUCAUUGAUUAUACAGUUUACUGUUUUGAGCAGGUAUGUAUACAUCACUAAUAACAGUUAGCUAGUUAUCUUGUUGCUAACAAAAGAUGAACAUGAAGUUGUCCAUGUUUUACCCUCCACUUUGAACCUUGAAAGCACAGAAAUUGUCAUUUUAAUCUCGGACUUCCCAUUUCCUAGGUAAGUUGAAUGCCGCCUAAGUCUCAGAGAUUCAGUUGGCGAUAGGCAAUCCUUUCUUUUUUCACUCCACUCUCCUUAACCCCUCCAAUUACAUAGGCCUUGUUCAUUUUUUUAAAUUUCCACUCUCACCCACUCCCCUCACCUUCUACAUAAACUAGGCCUCUGUUUUGAUGUGUAGAUUGAGCUGGUGAAAUUAUAAUCUGAAGUUAUGCUUCUGUUAGUGAAAGCUAAUCUAAAGAUUGUUUAAUCACACAAUAACCAUCAAGAAAUCAAUACCUGUCUUGUGACUCUUUUGCCAAAUUUUUGACAACGUGGUGCCAGAGAUGACCCGGAUGGCACAUUUAAAGCUCUGAUAAGAUACAACAUUAUUUAUCAACUAAGCAAAAAGUUAGCUGAGUUUCUUUCCUUGUCAGAUAGGAGAGACGGAUUCAGUUUAUAGAAUGUUACAUGCUAGGCAUAGUACUAGCCUCAUGGCAAAGCAAGCUAACUGUACUAUCUAGGUAUACUCACCAGAGGUAGCAUCAGUCUCUGCUAUUUCCUUCCAAGCUUUAUUUUCCAAGAUACUUUCAAGUUGACGGCACGUUAGGACACGCUAGAACAGCGGACCACACAGAGGGACAACUGUGUUUUUAAUUUUUCAGAAACAAGGCUUAAUAACUGCAUCCCUGAUGUGGCCAUUCAGCUAACUGCGCUAACCACCUUCCGAGCAGACCAGGACAAUACAACAUCUGGUAUGACCCAUGGAUGGGGCAUGUGUUUUUACAUCGACACAGAAUGGAGUGUGAACACUGUGUUAAUUUCUAAAGACUCUUUGUCACUGGUGGAAUUCAUGGCAGUGAAGUGUCAGCCUUACUAUCUGUCAAGGGAGUUUGUGGUCAUUGUUGUGGCUAUGUACGUCAACUUGCUGUCUAAGGACAUGUUACAUGAACUGUAUGGGGCCUAUCAGUGGACCACAAUCUGCUCACCCUGUUGGCUUUUUCAUACGGGCCUUUCACACCGCGGGAACCUUUUCAAAGUACCUGAACUAACUGUGGAAAUGCUCACUUUUUGGCAUUUUCGCACCUCCGGAACUGGGUGCGAUUUUAGUACCGGACUGCCUUUUUCGAGAACCAAAUUAGCUCCUACUUCGGAGCAGGGUCUAACCAGCAUAACUGGUACUAUCCGUGACAUAAGUAGGCGUUGAUUGGCCAAACGCGUACAAAAACGCCCUCACCUGCCAUGAUUUAAAACGCCAUGUAAACAUACUGUAGUCUCAACUUAUUUCGCAAGUAUGGAGAACAGUGAUAGAUGGACAGACGCUGAAGUGCAACACAGCUCCGAUGACAGCGUCCUCCGUCCUCCGGUUGUUCACGUUGUUCUUCUUUGUUUCCGUCGUUGAACACCGCGCACAAAUGACGUUGCUGUCGACCGGCUUACGUCACUACCUAGUGCCCACUGUCAGUGCGAAUGCAACCCUUUAAACGAUACUGGGAAACAGUUCGCACAAAAUCGCAAAGUACUUUAUUACUGUACUUUACACAAACAAAAAGGACUCCUACAAACCCACCCCGCCCCCCUCUCGGACCAUGUUUCAGUCCUGUUAACACCAACUUACACACCACUCCCUUAAAGGCAGAUUUAUGCUUCUGUGUUAAUGCAUAUUUGUGUCUUUGCAAUGCAGAGAAGUGUAUCAUUGUAAGCAUGGCAAGCAGAGAUGCACUAGCUCAGUACUCUAUACAGUACUAUCUCAGUACUCCUACUAGCUAACUAGACAUUGUGUGUACCUUUGUUGCUAUGCAUCAUAUAAACGCUGAUUGGUUGGCAGGGAGGCAUGUCUGAUUGCAUACAGUGAAACAGUUUGAGAAGUCAGACUCAGACUAACAUUGUUUAAAUCAGAGUAAUACUGUUCAAAGUACACUGGAAGUACAAACAAUAAUAUGCUAAACAAUGAAGUGUAAACAAUAAAUUUUCCCUCGUUGCAUCUAGAACUUUCUUAAAACUCUAAGAACUUUCUUUUCUCUAUAGACAGGCUUGUGCUCCAAAACUGCUUUCUGAAAGUGUAGUACAUUAAAAAUCUUGAAACAGCUUGCAACAAAAAUGGAUGAAAAAUGCUCUGUCAAAUUUAAACACUCAGUUUUUUAGACUGGUGUCUUCAGUAAAAAUUUCUCCUCUAUGUUAAAACUUUUGCAGUGAAUAUAAGUGAACAAAAGCAAUUUUUUCCCUGUAUUUCAUGUUUGCUUCACACAUGCGAUAUAGAACUCUUCAACAUAUCCUCAACAUCUGUCUGAGCCAAGCAGUCGUCCCACAGUGUUUUAAGGCUACCAUCAUCAUACUGGUGUAGAGGUUUCAGUACCUCGCUCUGCAACUGGAUCCUGGACUUCCUCACUGGAAGACCCCAGUCAGUUCAGGAGCAAGACCUCCAACACCAUCACCUUAAGCACGUGUUCCCCCCCAGGGCUGCGUGCUUAGCCCACUGCUGUUCAUGCUGCUGACCCAAGACUGCAAUGCCAGAUCCAGUACAAACCACAUUGUUAAUUUAGCUGACAACACCACAGUAGUUGGCCUCAUCAGUGACCGUGAUGAGACCUCAUACAGAGAGGAGGUGGAAGGGCUCACAGUCUGGUGCAAGAACAACAAUCUGUCUCUAAAUGUUGACAAACAAGAGAUGAAUGUUGACCUCAGAUGGUCCUGCCCUGAUCACUCCCCCCAUGCAUAAACAGCUUCACAGUGGAGAAAGUGAUGAGUACCAAGUUCUUUGGUGUUCACAUCGUGGAAGACCUCACCUGCACAACCAAUACCAGCUCCCUGGCCAAGAGAGCCUAGCAGCGCCUUCACAUCCUCACCACGGGGCAUCAUUGGGAGCAUCCUGAUCAGCCACAUCACUGUCUGGUUUGGGAAUUGCAACAACACCGACAGGACCCUACACAAGACCCUACAGAGGAUAGUACAGACAGCUGAAUGUGUUAUCAGCAAAGACGGUCAUCAGGAAGAAGGUUCUACUGCAUUUGCUCAAGGACUGCCAGACUGGUUGACUGCAUCUAACCCCGGCCUGUCAGACUCCUCAAACUGGUUCUGGGAAUAUGGCCUAUCAUUUUACUGAUGGGGGGAAAGAGCUUGAGUUAGUAAGUGAGAUAGAAAGAUAUGGACCAACGACUGCCUGUAUGGGUAGAUGUCAUAACUGUUGAUAAAGUGAAGCCAAACCUAUCUCAAAGUAGCUUGGUACAGUUAGCCAGUCGCUUUUAUUUAAACGCACUCCACCAACAGAACAAGAUGAGCAUAAAAGACAUUAUUGUAUUGCUCUCUACAUGUGAAAACAAUCUGUCGAAUUUUUCAUAUGUCUGGGCUGUGGGGUAGAGUGGCAAGACUGAAGCCUUUUUUAAGCAAAAAAAAUUUAAAAAUACAUCCAAUUUUCCAAAACCAAAUGGAACAAUGUGUUAUGGCCUGAUGAGACCAAUGUUGAACUUUUUGGCCAUAAUACCAAAAGAUAUGUUUAAUGCAAAAAAAAAAAAAAAAAAAAAAAACUUCACCAAAAGAACACCAUCCCCACGGUGAAGCAUGGAGGCAGCAGCAUCAUGCUUUGGGCUGCUUUUCUUCAGCUGGAACUGGGGCUUUAAUCAGGGUGGAGAGAAUCAGGAAUAGCUACAAAUACCAGUCAAUUUUAUCCCAAAACCCUAAGGCUUCUGCUAAAACACUUUCAGCAUGACAACGACCCAAAGCAAACCUCCAAAUCAGCAAAGGAAUGGCUUCACCAAAACAAGAUCAGGAGUCAGAGUCCAGAUCUUAAUCCAAUCAAAAAUCUGUGGGGUGACCUGAAGGAGAUGCCCAGCCAAUUUGACAGAGCUGGAAUGUUUCUACAAGGAAAAAUGGGGAAAUAUUGCUAAGUCAAGUGUACAGGUGUUCCCAAUAAAGUGGUAGUUGAGUGUAUACUCUUUAGAUGUUAGGCAAGUAGUGUUGGUGGCUCAUAGUCAUAAAACGAGACUGCAAAUGGUCAGCAAAAAUGGAUUCGAGACACAUGAAAUGGCUGUCUGCCGACAACUUGUGUACCAAUCACUCGAGACCUCAUGUUCAUACCAGGUUUAAACUGGGCUUAAAACUUUCUAAUGUUAUGCUGUAGUGUCUGUCUCUUGUUUUGCUACAGAACAAUGACUAGAGUUCACAAAGUGUUUAUUAAAUUUGUGAGUGUAACUGAAAUAAAUAAGCUAUUUAACUUGACAGCGUAAUCCAUAUAAGUGUGCUGUAGCCCAUGUCAGUUUAUGAUUUAAAUCCAAUCAACUGGGGUUCACAUUUGUUGUCUUCUUAUGCAGACAUUUAUGCACACUCAGGAACUUUUUUUCUCUGAAAAAAUGGAUUUUCAUGAAAAUGCUCCUUUAAAUGAUUUACAGAUAAAUUUGUAUCCAACUUGAUAAAUGUGGCCAUUGUAAGAAAACUUUGUAUGAAAAAUAAUAAUCUCCAAAACCAUAAGCUUAUUCAUGCAAGAGAGAAGUCACGUUACUGCUCACAGUGUGGGAAGUGUUUUGCACACCAGAGUACUCUCAAAUCACAUCAGCGCAUUCACACAUGAGGGAAGCUGUAUUACUGCUCACAGUGUGGAAAGAGUUUUAGUGUUGAAUGUAAUCUCUAAAAACACCAGCUCAUUCAGACUGGAGAAUGGUCAUUAGCUCACAGUGAAGUUUUUCCAUCACGUGAAACACAUGAUGGUAAUUUGUUUCUGCUGUCUGAAAAGCAGUAGGAGGAUCUGACAGGGGCAGAAGACAACAUCUUAAAAGAAAUAACGCAAACAAAAAAGUGUAUUUGAACAAAUGUUUCAAACAUUUAAAUAAUUGUUAAAAACAUUUUUAAUUUUUCAAAUGUAAUUCAAAAAGGGACCCUUUUUCAGUUCCUGAAUAUUAAACAAUAAUGAUAUAUAUCAUUUUAUAUAUGCAGUGCAACAAAAAUAAUAGCCCCUUCUAUUGUAACUGUCGCUAUCAUUAGAUGUGACCUGCUACAGCAGUUAUAUAUGACAGAAUAAUAUAUUUAAUUACUUGUUACAGAAUGUGUUAUGUAAUAAAAUAAUGAUUUUAAUUGAUUUCUUUCUGCUGAUGAAACAACAAAUUCUUCACACAUUUAUUCUAUUUAAAUGUAGGAGUAAUGUAAGCUGGGGACAAACAUACUAUCGUUUCAAUGUACUAUUCUGUAACUGUAUACUGUAAUGGCUUAUAAUGCAACACUGAUGUCACCAUGUUACAGAUUUCUGUAAAGCUGCUCUUUAAAAAUGUAUGUUAUUAAAAGUGCUAUACAAAUUAAGUAAAAUUUAAUUAUUGUAUAAUGAAUUUAUUUAAUUAUAUUGUGGCAUAUUUAAAGUGGAAGAUGGCAAAAUCCUAAUGAAGACAGGCAGACAACACAGUGCAUGGCAAAGGGAGUGUGAGAUUAGUUAGCUUUGGUAGAUGCUUAACUGGAGGUCAUGUAAUGUUGGCUGAGGAUCAUGGGAGUUGCAGACAUGGAUGGGGAACGUAGGCGUUACAAGUGGGCAUUAGAGAGAAGAGAGAAGGUGUAAGGCUUUAUAAUGAGGAUUUGAUACCAUUUAGUAUAGCUCCAUGCAGCAUGUUUGUUUCUUGCUAAGCUGUGUGACACAGGAAGGUACCAGGAAGCUAAUAUUCUCACUAUUGACGAGAAUUCUCACUAAUCGCCUGUUCCCAAUCAUAUCCAUCUACCUUCUUUUUGUGUUUUCAGCAGUAUUGUAUAUUUUACAUAGCACAUAUUUUUCAUUUUUUUAUUUAUAAUCUCUGUUGAUAUUUUGGAGAGUUUAUUUUAAUAAGUUUACCAGUAAUGUUAAGUUCCCUUUGUGGAUAGAGACUGUUAUGGUGAUGGUGUUUCAGUGAAUCUCAGGGCUAUGUAACCAGGAGCUUCAUGCUGACCUGUGGUCAACAAAUCUGAGGGGGUCCUCUUGACAUGCCCAGAUUGGGGUUUCUGGACCUACCCCUGGAGUCAGGCCUGGGGGUGGUAUCCACAGAGGAGCUUUGUGUAACCGAGUCACCCACCUAACACAGAUGGGCUUACCCUGACAUGACAGUAUGGAGCAUCUUGUUGGCCCACCACCUGCAAGAUAAGUGGGGGUCAGGAGCAACUCCAGCCAGUUGGUAGAAAUGUGAUGUACAGUCUUAGAUAGAUUAGAUCUUUGCAUUAGAAAUGGCUUUGGGAAAUGUUGAAUGUCUCUUUGCUAGUGGAAAAAAGAGUCUGUGAUAGCGUGUGAGAUUAAAAGGUAGUGUGUGGACUCUGGCACCAAGGCAGGUAUGAGCUAAUCCCAGACUCAGGGCCCCGCAGUUGAAGUUUUUCCCAGUGUACAAGACAUCUGUGAGAUUCUAAGUCUCAGGAAGGAAAACUUCUUUUGUCUGCCCACCUGAGAAUGGUUAAUGGUUUGCUGCAAGAAGCACAUAUAUGGGGGCAGUCGUGGCCUAAUGGUUAGAGACUCGGACUUGCCACCCGAAGGUGAACCUGAAGGUCGUGGGUUCGGCAGGGAUUGUAGGUGGGGGGAGUGAAUGACCAGCGCUCUCUCCCACCUUCAAUACCACGACUGAGGUGAGACCCUUGAGCAAGGCACUGAACCCCCAACUGCUCCCCGGGCGCCGCAGCAAAAAAGGCUGCCCACUGCUCCGGGUGUGUGUUCACGGUGUGUGUGUUUGUGUUCACUACUGUGUGUGUGCACUUGGAUGGGUUAAAUGCAGAGCACAAAUUCCUAGUAUGGGUCACCAUACUUGGCCACAAA